GGAGGCCAGCUGGACCAUCAGUCCCGAAGGCUGUCAAGAGUUGCGGUGGGGAAAGCUGUCAAAGCGAGUCUAACAGGUGCUAGCGGGAGGCUAACAGGUGCCAGCAGGGAGGCUAGGAGUUAUGUCACGGGCUGAACAGGCAGUCUAGAAUAUCCCCGCCUUUGAGAUGCAGGCAUCUCAAGAGGAAGGUUUGGUUUGGAGUGAGAGAGAUGGUUCCGAUUUGUAUGAAGGGCUGGGCAUGGGAAGGGGGGAAAAAGUGCUCGAUAAAUGGACACUUUUGUCAAGGUUGAUUUAACUGUGAUGUCGCAGGCCUUAUGUCCACUCCCAUGUGCAUGUGUACUUCAACAUGGACGUUGUUGAUUCUUUGUGUUAGCCACCACACCACAUCUGGCGAUAAGCCAGUGGCUCUGAAAAGAAUUCGCCGUGCGUGUGCUGUUAUGAAAUUGGAGAAUCGUUGGUCAAACCAAACCAGUGUCACUUCGUAUUGGCCAGGUACUAGUUGAGGGUAUUGUGCAGACGCAGGUGUCACACAAAGAAUCUCAUCAAACGGUCCGUGUGAAGAUUGACCGUGACGUAGCGGUGUUGCAGGGAGGGGGAAGAUAUGUGAGGGGUGGGGGAUGCUGUCGGAAAACUGCCGUGCGGUGGCGGGCUGUGCGUACGAAGCAGGCCAGGCCGCGCCGCGCACCCGUACCUUGUUCGUACGUCCACACGCCAGCGGGCGCCUCGAUCAGCUUCUACCCUCUCCGCCACUCUCACCGCAGCCUCCUCGGCCCGUGUAUCAGAUGGACGGCUGCGAGAGUAGCAAGAGCACGAGGCACCGGCUAAGCGGGCACGGAGGCAGGAAGGGGGGGACAACAAGAGACAGACUUUCUCACCUCCCCGUUGCAGCGCGUCUCCCGGAGUGACCAAGGCACCACCAGCAGCACCACCCAACCUGAGUCUGUGCUAUUGUCUAACCUCCGCUCCACCACGCGUUUGGAUGGGCUAUGGCGUGGCGUGUCAACGUUUGAACAGUGCCUUUAGUCCCUUGGGUGUCGCUGGUUCGCUAGGGCCGGCCUCCUAAACGGGUGGUCUUCGGGUGUCCAGCAGCGGCUGGUGUGUGACGUCACCUAUUGCUCCUCGUGGGUGCUUCUUACUUUGUUGUAAACACGCCGAGACAAACCUGUUUAACUCGGGGACAGGAUCUGUCGUGGAAUUCUUCAUAGCAGAAGGCUGGUCUGGAGGAUUUUCUUUUCAAUCAAAGACUUUAUUACUUUCAUGUGACCAUUGUACUGUCUGUUCAGCACCGGAAAGUGGUCUUCAAAAAAAAAAAAAAAAAAAAACACCAACAAAAAACAACAACUGCGGACACAGCUUCGUAAAAGGUAGAGCAAGGAAGUGUCGUAGUCUCAGGUUAACUUCUGUGUCUUGAACGGUGAUUACUGAGCUUGUUGGCAUCACAAUAUACUCGCGUGGCGGAGACAAGCACACAGACAAAGUCUACACCUAGGGUAACUUACUGAGCCUUGUUGCCGCUCUGCCGCUUGUCUGCUCAAAGGCCUAUGAGGUGGUGGUGGUGUCGCUGUUGUUUUGCUCCUUUUUCGUGGCUUAUUUAACCGCCAAGACGGAUCCAUCACGCAGAAUGUACUGCACGAACCCUUUUUACCGGCCCUUCAUGUACCUGCCAACAAAACUGACAAAUGUGUAUUCCCCGAGUCCUGAGGAGUACGGGCAGGAGUCUCCUCGGUAUACCUCACCAAAACCAAUGUACAGCAAAUACUUUAUGGAUCCCCCAGGACAUGGGGCACAAGACCAUUGGCCAGGACCAGCAGGGCAGCUGACUUCUGCAUAUACAUUACCAGGGGGUCCUCAUUACUCACAGCCUUCAUACAUGAAUCAUCCUGAAAUGGGUUACCCUCAUCCUGUGUCACCAAGUCAAGAUGCCAUGCUUGCCUCAACUCUUCCACCCAUGUCUACCUUCAGGGGUACCUCCAUGCCCCCUAACUCUUCCGCCUACUCUGGGUCUUCUCCAACAGUCAACGGCUCACAGCCUCCAUCACAACAGACUGGGGAUGCCCUGGGUAAAGCACUUGCUUCUAUCUAUUCAACGGAACAGACAAAUAGUAGUUAUGGGGGCUCAAAUCCCACCACACCUGUGUCAUCACCCCCACCAAUGACAGGUCCACAGCAGUGGCAUCGGCCUACAAACCCUAGUGCAACAUCACCUCACUAUGAAAGUCAUCUACAUUCGUUGCCAACAAGAAUGGAAGAAAGGUUGGAAGAUGCCAUGCACGUUCUGAAAGAUCAUGCUGAGCAGAGUCGCAUGGAGGAACGCCUGGAUGAUGCCAUUCAUGUUUUGAGGAAUCACGCUGAGGGUCAGCUGCCUCUUCCAGGAAUGCCUGGACAUUCAGGUGGGCCUCCAGGACAUCCAGCAGGGCCUCACCCAGGAAUGCCACCGAUGAUGCCCUCCACACAUUCCAAUGGCAUCAUGGGACCUGUUGCUCCAUAUCCCCCACUACUGAGUAGCCAUUUGGAGUCCCACAUGGGAAACCAUCCUGCACCCUUAAGCGAUCGUGUUGUCGGCCAAGGCAAUCUACCUUCUGUUGCAUCAGAGCAGAAGUCUUAUGAUGCAGCUGUCUCUGCAGGCCCUGUUAUACGUGGAGACACCAGUGACCCAUCCGACAGUUUGGGUAUAAAGGUAGAGAAGUCAGAAAAAAAUGCAGAGAGUGAAGAAAGCAAACAAGAGACUACUAAAUCCUCAAAAAGUUCGGGAACUGGUUCUCUUCAGACAUCUUCUUCCACUGGACCCCCAGCAUCAAAGCGAGCCAGACGGGCUCCAACCUCCGAGUUCAGCCAGGAUAAUCAGGACAAGUAUGACGAUUCGCUGAAUGAGGGAGAUGAAGAUGACACACCUGAGACCAAGGCUGAAAGAGAGCGGUUGAGGCGGCAAGCCAACAAUGCCAGAGAGAGAGUUAGGGUGCGUGAUAUCAAUGAAGCAUUCAAGGAACUGGGCCAGAUGGUGACAAUGCAUACUUCAUCCUCGCAGCCACUUACGAAGCUGAUGGUUCUGCAGCAGGCUGUCAAUGUUAUCACUGCGCUGGAGGCACAAGUGAGAGAGCGCAACUUGAACCCAAAGGCAGCAUGCUUGAAGCGCAGAGAAGAAGAGAAAACUGAGGAGCUUCCUGGUCGUGCCCUCAGUUCUGAUGAGCUGACCUCUCAAGGCCAUUUAGCUGGCAAGUGUGCCCCUGAACCCAGCAAAGAUGUGAAUCCAUGGUGGUAGCAGACGCUGGCUGCACCUGGUCCCGACGUGCGUCACCUCAUGUUUCCGUGCGUCUGGCCAGCUGCUGCUGUUGCAACACUGAUCUGUGGCCUUCUCUCGUACCUUCACCAACACUUCUGGUGCUGUUAGGUUCUAAUCGUCUGAUCACUGAACUUGACUCACUUCCUGGACAACCAGUGGACCACCAAGUGCUUAACUGUGAACUGCUGCUGUAGAGGAAGCGAGCAUCCUUGCUGAAUGAGGGCAUUCUUGUCAAUGGACAAUACUGUCCCCCUCCUCAUUUAAAGGGUUUGUCUGCUGAGGCACCGUGAUGGCCCAGAGAAAGGAAGAUGGAGUUUUACAAAAUCCUGUCACAUGAGGACUGCGCUUUUGUUUUGUUUUUUUCUUAAGGACAUGCAGCGAAAAGCAGCCAGUUUGAUAGGUGUUUUGCUGCCCUUGUAGGGCACUGACCAAGACAGCUAAGGGACUGCACUCCGUUCCUUCUAUGGCAAGUGAAGUUUGGCCCUCAGGAUUGUGUGCCCUCCACAGUGAAUUUGACAGUACAAUCAAAGCCUUCUUUGAGAGAAUCUCACAGAUUGCAUCUCUCACAAUCUCCCCUUUCUCCUUCCCCAAGACCCCCACUUCUGGUGAAUAGUCAGGGCAGCAGAUGAGUUACCGUUCAGUUAUGUGGGCAUAUCUGAAAUUAAUGCUGGGUGCAGCACAGUAAUGGAUAGACAUGAGAAGGACUUGGACAAGCUUCAUUGCCAUGUGGAAUGAGAAUGCAUAGCAGGCGACAAAAAUGGUGUGUUGGUCUCCUUGCCAUUGGAGUUGUAGCCUGUAAGUGCAUUCUGCAGCAUGAUCCAACCAUGCAGACUGAUGCAAGGCGCUGAUGCAGCUUGUUUCCAAGCAGAUCAUUUGGUAGCUGCAAAGUGUCUUUGGCACGACCACUUCAUGACAGCAUUCUUUUGUUUGGACUUGGCUUGACCUGGCUAUUAGAAUUACAUUGAAGACAAAACAUCUGUUGCCUGACCUAGUCCUUUGUCAGCAUCAAGCAGUUAGCUGUAUGUAUGCAUGCACACAUGUUGAUUGCAUAACAUUAGUAUCAAGGUUGCACUCUUGUGUGUAGUUUGCAAGGAAAUCUGAUGUGUGAAAAUAAAGAACUAACCAUGAGUUGAAUCAAGAAAAGGAAAGAAACUUGGAAAAAAAACCCUGAGCCAACAUUUUGACAGAAUGGAAACACAGACUCUUUUUAUGGCCAUAAAGAGCAAAUGCCAAGCUACUCAUGCAAGGCCCUGAUCUAGACAAGCAUGGAUGUAAGUGUACAUGGCUGAGGAUGAGAGAGAGCAAGAAAGAGAUGUAUGUUAACUUGAUUCAGUAUGGCUUUGCUGUCCAAAUGAUACACAGUGGAUCACAGACUAUAUCCUGAGUUUCCCUUCCCAUCUUACCUCCUACCAAAACCCUCAUCCCCCUUAUCUGUGCCUGGCCUAAAAGUGUGUUAGAAGAAGUGUAUGGAGUAUGGGUUAGUUGUUUUGGUUUGGUUUUUUUUUCCUUCUUGUGUAUGGGGAAAGGAAGAGUGUUUCUAUAGGAGGUAACUUGCCUCGCUUGUUUUCUUUGGAAGGAGUGCUGUGGUUUGAAUUCACUUAGAAUUAAAUUGCACUGUCACUUGUUUGGUUUCCGCAGGCCAGUGUCCAUUUGUGAAACUGCUGUUGCAAUUUUUUCAUGCUGUCAUCUAAUUAAUUAGAAUGUAAAGACUUAAUGCUGGGAAGAUGCCAAGAAUUUAGUUCUGAACAGGAAGGACCAUACCUGCAGAGCCAGUGAAGGAGUGAAUGAAUGUUAGAUAUUUGCCAGAUGCUUUCAUUUUUGACAUAUAGAGCACUCUUGCUUUGUCUGUUUAAGUUAGGCAGCAGAAGUCGGUGCAACUUUUUAACAAAAUGGGACAGGAAUUUUAAGUUAGGAAGUAGCAUAAUGGCAGAUGACGCUACAACAAAAGAAACUUAUUUCUGCAGGAGUUUUGCAUAAAAUAUCAUACGUUUAUCCCUUUCCAGGUCCUUCUCCUUCUAUCCUUGAGCUGUGACACAUUGUUCAUAUCCAUGCACUUGAACAAACGUAAAAUAUCCAUGCGUUUGCAAAUUCAGAAAAUGAACAUAAAAACUUAAAGAUUUGGAGGUGAAGAACUGAUCUUAAUAAAACAGAGAAAGGGAUAUUGUGCACCAAAAUCAUUUUGAAGAAAGCAUAUCCAAGUUUGGAUUUACAAGAUUUAAAAAAAAAAAUAGCAUGAUUAAACUAUAUGUACUUUUGGCAAAACUAUCAGCACAAUUACAAAUCAAUAUUGACUUCAAUGUCAUCGGGUGAUAUUGUUACAUAUGCAGGUACAUGUUUACCUUACCUUACAGACCAAAAUCACUAAAUUGCAGCAACAUUGGAAAAUUGUCCUGUAACUUGUGCUAACAUUGGAUCUUUCAUGUUGCUUUUUUUCCCCCCCUUCAUAUUUCGAUUUUUGCGUCCCUGUGCACGCUGUAAUAAAGAUUUAGCAAUGAUUCUCUGAUGAUGUUUUUAAAUUAUCGCUAUAUAACAGCAAGUUGCAAAAACACUCAAACAUUAAGAAACAGAGAAUGAAAUUACUGAUAAAUUUCAGAGGUUCAGACAUUGCAAAGUACGCAGUUCAUAGUGACACCAGUUGCAAUAAUUUUUUUUAAAUGUCAUCUUCAACAAGGACAGUUUCUGAAGAAUUAAGUUUCAGGUCACUUGCUUCUGUUCCACCUGGGGCCUUCAUUUGUGAUAUUUUAAAGAAAGUUUGUGAAAGUUAAAGUAUUACUGAAGUAUUAUACCAUAUUAUGUCAUUCAGCUCUAUGCUUUGUGGACUUUUUUUGUUGCUACUGGAUAUUUACAAACUGCUGAAGUUCGGCAAUAUUUUUUCAUUGAGAACAGUUGAUGUGCUUACUGCUUAGUUAAUAGUUUUUGUACUCAAGGAAUUUUUUUUUUAACAUGUUGGGGCUGGGAAACUUGCAGAGAUGAUUUUUUAAAAACAAAAUUAAGAAACUAAAUGAUGCGAGAAGAAUUAUUUUUACUUGAUGCUUUUGCAUUAAUAUAUGGUGACUUUUAAAAACACGUUCUUAGGUAAAGAAUUUGAUUUACUGUUAAAGAAGGGUUGUUAUCAGUAAAAUUUAAAAUAUUUACUGAAAUCUUGGGAUCUGCCAUCAGCCUUCGGUAAGAAUCUAUGGUGCCCACCUCCUGCCAUCAGCCUGUUUCCUUCUGGAGCUGUCUGAACACUGUCAUAAAGUUGUAGAUGCAGUUGCUGGCACAUCUAUUUGUGGUACAUGCAUGUGUAUCUUCAUGUGCAUGUAGACUAUACUAAAACUUAAACAGUCUUUUCUAACUGGAGUUUAAGAGAGAGAGGAGGAUGAAUAACUGUCCACUCCUGAAAAAUCCAUGCACACAUUGUUCAUCCUCUCAUAGUCACAGAUCCAACUCAUCUGCCUCAGUGUUCAGUAGUCAGUGGUCUUGUCAGGUUAGGCCAUGUUCAGCAACCCUAACAUGCCAGCCCCUCCAGUUUCUCAUUCUUCUUGAGCAAGAACAUUCUAUUGGUGACAACCCAGGACUGCACAGUGUGAGAAGGCAAUUUGCACUCAAGGAUGGAAGUAGAGCUUAAAUGGUUUUGUAUGGCUGUGCCAGAUACGCUCUAAAUUAAUGUGCACUUCAAGAAGACAGUCCAUCCUUGCAGAAACCCUGAACAGACAUGAGUGAUGCAGGGGGGCAGUAUGAUUCCUUACUGAUUUUUUUUUUUUAUUUUUUUUUUUUUUUAAAUAUCCCACCAUUUUGGUUGAUAUCUUUAUCUCCUGCUUUUUUUUUUUUUUUGCUGUGUUAGUGUAUGCACCACACUGGCGGCAGAGUGAAGCUGUUCUGGUUGUGCACAUUUGACAUGACUGCAUGGUUUAGUCAUGCACAGAACUUUUAAAUCUCAUGGAAUUACCAACUUGUUUGUGGAGAAGUGUCAUGCAUUUAUGACCAUAAAUGAUGUCAAGCCUUAUUAAAAUACUGUGUGUUCAUGUAAAAGAUUUAAUCAGUUAUUUAUGCUGUCUGCCACCUCCAUGUCUGGUGUGGCAGCCAGCGUCAUUGCUCUUUGUUGAGUUUUUGUAGAUGACCAGGAGUUUUAUCCUUAUGCAUAUGCAUAUUGUUUGUUCUUCCUGAUAAUUGUGGACUCCCCAAUUCCCCAUUCCUGCCUCAGUGCUGUGUUUUGUUUGUUUUUUCCCCCCCUUCCUCCAUAUCCCUCCUUUAAGUGAAUGUGCACAUGAGACUGCUGCAUGUGGGCACACGUGGGUGUGAGCAAGCAAGAGAACUUUCGUUAUCAGGAAGUUUAUUUUUGUACAGAUCACUUCAUGCUAUUAUAUAUCAUAAUCAUGUAUGAUUAGAUAUUCUUCUUAAAUUGAACUGUUCUCAUACUAUGACUACAAGGUCAUUGAGUGCUUGCUGCUUUGUUUAAAGUCUUCAUUAAUGCCUUUAUUUGCAGCCUUACUUCUGCAGACCUGUUUUCUCCCUUCUUUCCUUUGACCUCCUCCAGAAGUUUCUAUAAACAAAUUUAUUUGGAGCUGGAGCUGUGACAGGUUUGCAGACUGGGCAGGGUUAUACUUUUUAAAUUACUGUGUAGCCUUAGGUAUCAAGCUUGGGAUCAUUUUUUUUUACCCUCUUGGAACUGUUUGUGUCUCAAAUACAUGAUUUCUGACUGGGGGAACCACGCUGGUCAUCUAAAGUUACGAUGAUGAAAUGUCAGAAACAAUGUUAUGGUGAAGCCAAGUCAGAGAGAUGUGUGUAAGGGAUAGCGAGAGAGAGAUGAAGGAUAUAACGCAUUCAAUUAUUGGGUCUAACACAGAGGCUAGUGAUGAAGUAGAUAGAUAUUCAAACAUUUUUCUUCGAAGACUUAGAGACAGAUCCUGAAGAAAACCAUUGGCUUGCAUCUGUGACUAGUGUGUGAGCUUACCUGCUAUUUUAGUGUGCUUUUCUCGGCAGAUCCUUUAGCUCAAGUAACCCAGCUUAGCAAAGUCUUAAGAAGCUUGCACUCUAAAUGACCCAUUACAGGAUGUGCCCAUGUCUUUUUUAUUAUUAUUAUUUUUAAAAUCCUGUAAGUAGGAUUUCAGCAGAUCUCAAGACCUUUGAAAAUACCUUAAUAGCUGUGUCAGAUGUUUGCAGAGUGCCGGAAGUUUGGAGAAGCUUCACGCAGAAGUUACCUCAGCAUCUUUAAAGCCUGCAGAAAGUCGUUCCUUGUCGAAUCUCGUAAACAGUAGUCCCAGACAGAAACGAUUUGUCUCUUCUAUCCCCACUAUGUGCUGAAGUCUUGUUAUUCCUGGUAAGCACGGCCAAUUUUUUUUUAAGUGCUGCAUGAUGAGCUUAUAGAUGGUAGCGGCACCCGUUACGGGCGUAGGAAGUCCACCUUCUGUGAAAAGCACCGUCUACAGACUUGUCCGUGGUGUGGGAUGUGACGUUAGAAACGCUUCUCCCAUCGCGCGAUGGUGGUGGUGGUGGUGAGUUGAUCCUCCCUGAAUCCUUGUUAAAUCUGCUGAAUUUAGUGAUAAACUAGCUGAGACACUGCUGAGACAUCCGUUGUGUUUGGUUGCUGAUGCUUUAUUUUAAUGCGAUUUUUUAAAAAUUGUUGAAUCGCUCGUUUCAGGCAAAAUUAUCCGUUUUUUUUUUUUUUUUUUUUUUUGUUUGUUUGUUUUUUAAUACGCGACAUUGAUGUAUGGGGCACCUGUAUUAUGCAAUCAGCGGCUUAUGAAAACAGCUAAAAAGUAACAUCGCACGCAUGCUACUGCAACAAGGAACUCGACAUCUUUAAAGUCAGACGCACCGAUUCCAGGAGUCCCUUAGAGGAAUUAUCUUCCCCGACGAUUCACAAGUCUUUUAGCCUCCAUAGACCGUUCAAAGUUGACAACCCUUGACCGCUAAUACCUCAUUUUGAACAGAUAGUGCAUCAUCUCACACUGGCAUUGCAUGGUCACUGCGCCCGCUUUAGUCCCCCACCUCGCCCUCUGUCACCUUAGCAAGUUGUUAACAACUUGUCCACGCGAUAAAAACCUGAAGUAACGUUGACAAACGUACACUUCCGCCUCUACCCCAGUCCCUUGCACGUCGGAGUUGGCCUCCAGCCUACUGGCAAUGUGUGUGAAGUUGGACAGCGCGUGGCGAGUACCUGUGGAGGCAGGUGUAGCAAACGGCCAUCUCGCUAUCCUACGAUGCUUUCAUGUGCGUUGACGCCGCCUUUUGUAUGUUCUUCCUCCGCAUCCUUCCGGCCACCUUAGCGGACAUGGCAGUCGUGUACAGCUUCAUGUUGUGUCGUGGUCACAAAGUACGCGGUGGGCCUCGUCAUCAACUCUCGUUAUCCGUCCCCUUUUCUUUAGAGUGCAGGUCCUCUUGUAGUCUGAAACCGAAAGCUGGUAGUCCGAGAGGUAGAUAGUUGCGAAUAGCAUAGACACCUGUUCGUUCAGCCCCCUCCUCUCGCCAUAAAAAAAAAUAAUAACUACGGCUCCGUAAACAUCAUUUUGAGCAUUAUGAAUAUAGACAACAGCUGUAUGCUGUACUCGCGUCUGCAAUCGUCCUGUUAAAGCAAGGACUUUUGGUCAGUGUGUCGCUCGACGUGCGUUUUCUUGUUAGACAAACUGCGUGUGGCAUUCCCGCCCACCACCACCCAAAAAAAAACCCCAGCUACAACAAAACCAGCAACACUGAUUUGGUACGAGGUGAUUCAUGAAUAACAAUAAUACUUAUUUCCUGAAAAUAUUGCUGCAGUCCAUAUCUUUAAGGUUCACACGUUCAUUUUUAGCUGAGGUAUUUUUAUAUGCUGAAUGAACUUUACAUUCACUUACGGUAUUGACGCUUUUUUUGGUAGGGAUCGAAUAGUUUGAGUAGAAAACAGUUGUCACUCUUCACUAGAUAUAAUUAAAUUGUUUUUUCUCCGUUACCUUCAUGUAGUAGCCAUUAUGAUUUUUUUUAUAGAGAUAACGUUAAAAUAGAAAGGCACAGUGAUACACAGUUUAUCAUAACAUUUUUUAAACUUUUCAAACUUUGCUUGCGUUUUAAACCCCCCCUUUGAAAUGGCUAAUAAGUAAAUAUUUAAACAGGGGCAGAUCUCUUACAGUUAUGAGAAGUAGAAAAAAAAGGGGGGUUGCCGUCUGCAACAAAGUUUCACUUUCUAAAGAGUUUUCCCUCAACUUUUCAUUGGGCUCGUAGCGAAAACCAGCCUUGUGCACGAAAUGUCUUAUCCAGUGUGGAGGAAAUUAAAUUCCGUCUCACUCGCAGACGUCGGACUAGUUCUUUAUCUCAUGAUUUAUUCGAAUUGGUCGCACCGUCUAGAGCCAGCAAUCGGUUCUUAUCAGUACAUGUUUUUCCAAAGCAGAACGCUUGCAAUGGUGGUGGGUGAGGAAUCGCUAGUUCGAUCUGCGAAGCCAUCGCGGGCACUGGCUGACUGCGUACAUUUGCUCCCCCUACCCUUAGAUAACAUGGAAGAAAAAGGUGAGAGCGGCAACAAAGUGCCACUCCAAGUGUUUGCAUUAGGGGUGAGCGGAUCACGUGACAAUGUGCGUAACAACAGAGGCACAAGACAAAAUAGAUUCCGUGCAAACAAUGUUUUUGUUUGUUUUUUGUUUACUUUCAAGUGGUUUUUUUAAAGCUACGGAGUGUCACAGUAUGUCGUCCCACGCAGACGCUUUAGGACUUUUUUUUCCCCCUGCAAACAGUAUCUAAUUUCCCAAUACCACCGUACGAGGUUUUGUUUUGUUAGGUGCCCUCCUGCACGCUUUCCCCACACCUGUUAGCCCUGUCUGUUCUCCACCUUGUAUUUUUGUCUUGCAUUCUGCUGCCGUUAGAGGUCCUAGCUUGUAUUUGCAAGUGGAUGAGGUUCCCAUCUGUCUGACUUGCCCUUGUAGUCACCCCAGGUGGCGUGAUCAUAGUGUCUCACAAUUUUCAUCUCAUUUCAUCUAUCAGACUUGUUGCCAGCCAGACAUUGGGGUGCCUUCUUCACACACUUUCAGUGUGUGUGUGUGAGAGAGAGAGAGAAAGAGAGGGAAAAAAAGCAUUUAUGCGAGUGUGAAUGGAUAUUCAAAUUUCAUACAUUCAUAUCUACAAUGGUUGCCUAGCCAGAUUUCACUGAGCUGUGCAAAAAAAAUAUAUAAUGAAAAAACGAGUCUUCAUUCAUUUGACUGGGUUGCAAGAAAUGUUCUCAUUUUCAUUAUUUUUCUCAAUAUAUUUUUUUCAUGUCUGAAGUGGUUGAAUUGAACUCUUGCUUGUUCUCUGUGUUUUUUUUAACCAAAGUUUCAUUCAUAAUAUAUUAUGAAGAUGUUUAAAAGAAAAGCAGUUAGUGGAUUACUUGUGUAUGAUUAUUGAUUACAAUAUUACUUGUGAAACUUUACCACGUUGAUCUUCCAUUGUAGGUGUAGACUGCCAAAUGUAAGAUGUACAUAGCUGGUACAUGUACAGAAUAAAGACAAAAACUAUUCA